GGAGGGAAAGAUUGAGAGGGAGAGAGAGAGAUAAGUGGAUUCAGCAUAGUCAGCCGCAAUCAGCUGUGAGCAGAAUCCAGCAUUGAUUUAACUCUGUUAAGUCGGUGUACAAUGACAGUAGCAUUCAAGCAGACAACUACUCAAAAUAAUUCUGAGCUUUGCAAAUGAAACAACUAACAAGUCAAGUAUGCUACAUAAUUUCAUUCCAAGAAGAGGGGACAAAUUCUAAGGGCUUAAGUCGAACACCGUGACAGAAAAGUUUGCAUUCUCCAGAAGACAUGCAUAAUAUUGGAAAACUGCUCAGCUCAUCGGUUUAAAAGAACAACUUGCAGGUACCAUCUGAUAACAGGCACAAAUCUAGGGUUAAAUGUCUGAAUUCUCUUUUUCUCUUAAUAAUGAAUAUCCUACCUUUUAUUGAACUACAUUUAUUUACGUGGUUUUGGUGAUGAUACUUGACAGGGCUGAAGACUAACAUUUUUUUACAACCUGAUAAUGUAUAUCUGGCAGAAAGAAUGGGCAGAGAAGCUGCUGCUGAUCUUCAUUCUAGGACUCUUGGACAAACGUUCAACCUCUGUGGGUUGCCCUUCAUCUUGCAUUUGUGCCUCUGACCUCCUUAGCUGUGUCAGAAAAGGCCUCCAUCAUGUUCCUGCAAACCUGCCUGCAACUUCUUCUAGCUUGGACUUCAGCCACAACAACAUCAGUCAUCUAUACAAUAACUGGCUGCUUGGACUUCCACGUCUGCACAUCUUACGUCUUAGUAACAACCAUAUAAAAAGGCUUCCUCCUCAUGCUUUUCAUAAUGCCUCCAAGCUGCGGCAUCUAGACCUUUCUUCCAACUUCUUGGAGAGUAUUCGGGAAGAGUUGUUCCAACAUCUCUCCAGUUUGGAGGAACUUCUUCUGUACAAAAAUAGCAUCAAGCAUGUGGAUGAUGGCGCCUUUGUCCACUUGAGCAGCAUUCGUAAAAUCUACCUAAGCUGGAACAAACUGACCAGUUUCUCAUUUAGCUCCUUGCAAAAUCUCACUAACCCCAAUCUACGCACCUUGGACCUCUCCUCCAACCACUUUCUAAAGUUGCCUGUGGAAGAGGUUUCUUCACUGCCAGCAUUUAUUAAAAAUGGUCUCUACUUACACAACAAUCCUUUAACUUGUCACUGCUCACUUUUUGCGCUUUUCACUCAUUGGGAUCACCGUCACUUUUCCUCUGUGGUUGACUUUUCCAGGGAAUACACUUGCCGAUAUAUGGGACACCCACGUGCUGUUGUGCAUAUUCUACAGACCCAGAAAGGGUUUGACAAUUGCUCUAUGGAUACAAUGCAUGGGUUUCCUGACACUGGUGUGAGAGUUCUUGUUGGCAAGCAUCUCAUGGUGACAUGCAAUAGCAGUUUUUCCCAGGAGAAUACAACCUACCUGUGGAUUACACCCACGUACGACUUCAUAUUCCCCCCAGGUAACAACAAUCAGAGUAUUAAAAUUCACCCAAAUGGUAGCCUGGAAAUCAACAAGGCACAAACCUGGAACUCUGGAAUUUACUUGUGCAUUGCAGUAAAUAGAAGACUUAGCUAUAAUUUCACUCAUGAAGUCAAUGUGACUGUGCAUUACCCCAAACAUGAUGGAGAGUCAUUUAACACUGGUCUUACCACGCUCCUAGGCUGUGUAGUGACCCUAGUUUUGGUUUUCAUCUACCUCUACAUGACUCCUUGCCGCUGCUUUCUCUGCUGCUCCAGACCUCUGCAGACUCCAAGUCCACCACAAGAAAGCAGUGCUCAAUCAUCCAUUCUUUGUGGAACUCCACCUGCCACAGACGGACCUAUUAACCGUAAAGCUGGGAUCAGCCGGCAUGUGGUCUUUUUGGAACCAAUCAAGGAGGGAGGGGCAGAGAAGAAGCCAAAGUUUCUUCAACUCAAGUCAGGCUCUGACAGCUCUGUGUUUUCUGACAGUCCCAUUGUGUCUACAUAGGGUGAAUACAAUAAGGGUAUACUAGAACCCAGAUGGGAAUUCCAUGAAUCUUGGUCAUGUGAUCUAGACACAUUAUAUUGACUUUUGUUGAACAGAACAGCAUGGAACCAUCAUCACAGUGCAUGACAGUUGGUAUCAUGCAGCAUGCUACAAAAGCAUGCCACCUAGGCUUUUAAGGUCAGUAGAGACUAUGCUACCAAUGUAGUCCACCAUGGUAGAGUGAUCCUUCAGCUGGAGACCUUCAAAAAAAAUGUUUUUUAUAUUUUAUUGAUGAUGCAUGCUGCCUGAAAACUCUUUAGCAAGGUUCCCAAGAUUUGUUUGUUUUUCGGCACCCAAGUUCCUUGAAAACAGUAAAUUUAGAAUGUAAGUGAAUAGAAAAGGUUAAGCAUUGGAAGAUCAGAGGUCCACUUUGCACUGUGUUCAGGGUAGUGCAUCGACAGCUAGACUCUGUUUUAAAAAUGUACAAAGACAGGGAAAAG